AUGCCAAGAUUUUUGACAAAAGAACAAAGAAUUUUUAUCCUCAAACAAUGGUGGAUGUCAGGAAGAACAUUACAUAUAGUAAAUUCAGCUUUUAAACAUGAAUUUCCUGACGAUAAAAUUCCAGCUCGACAAACAAUUUAUCGGCUAGCAAAAAAGUUUGAUGAGACAGGUUCUGUGGAAGAUGCACCUCGAAGUGGUAGACCAACAUCAAUCAACACAGAAGAAAAUAUAGAACUAACCUCUGAAAGUUUUCUUCUUAAUCCAAAAACAUCACAAAGACGUGCAGUACGUGACCUUCACAUCUCACGUUCAAGCUUACAACGCAUUAUGAAAGAUCUCAAUUUAAAACCGUAUAAACCGAGAUUGUUACAAUCUUUAAAUGAAGAUGAUCCUGAUCGACGGCUUGAAUUUUGUGAAUGGAUUUUAGAUUCAACUGAAAAAGAUCCAACUCUAUUAGACCAAAUUUGGUGGACAGACGAAGCUAUAUUCAAAAUAAAUGGUCGAAUCAAUGGACACAAUUGUGUUUAUUGGAGCGAUGCAAAUCCACACUUUAUCAUCGAACAAGAGCUAAAUGUGCCACAAGUAAUCGUAUGGGGAGGAAUAUGGUCAAAUGGCGUUGUUGGACCAUUCUUUUUCGAAGAUAAUGUUACAUCAGAGACUUAUCUUCAUAUGUUAAAGGACAAUAUCAUACCACAACUUGAAGAUCAUCCAAACUUUCAAACAAUGAUAUGGCAACAGGAUGGUGCACCACCACAUUAUGGUCAAGUCGUGCGAAAUUAUUUAGAUGAUACAUUUUUACAAUAG